UAGAGCCUCACUGUUUCUUCCCCCUUUCCCUUCUCUGCCUCCGCUUCGCUUGGUGAGUUUGGUCUCCCUUCCCUGGCGGCAGCGGCGACUGGACGAGCGGCGGCGCUUCUCUUCACGUCUUCGCCCCGCCCUUUGCCGGCGACGAGCAUCCACCAGGGGAAAUGGUUGAGUAUCUCUUUGACGAUAACUUCAGUGUGAGCAGGCUCGAUCCUGAUGGCAAGAAGUUUGACAGAGUGACCCGCAUCGAAGCUCAUAACGAGCAGAUGUACAUGCAGCUAGAUGUUGCUACUGAGAUCUACCCGAUGCGUGUUGGUGACAAAUUCAACAUGGUGUUAGCUCCUACUCUGAAUCUGGAUGGAACACCAGACACUGGCUACUACACACAGGCUGGAAGAAAAACACUUGCUGACAAGUUUGAAUAUGUCAUGCAUGGAAAACUUUACAAGAUCUCAGAAGACAGUUCCACCAGCUCAUCUACUAAAGUGGAGAUCUAUGCAUCUUUUGGUGGCCUCCUGAUGCAGCUUAGGUGUGAUAGUUCCAGUGCAGCUAGCUUCGAGCUGGAUCAGAGGCUGUUUCUUCUUAUCAGAAAGGUGUAAACGUAUUGGCUACUCGAAAGGCUGGUUACCUUGUUGAUUGUACUCAACUUCCACCCAAUAUGUACUCUCAGUGGUGGUAUGGCUUUCAAUUGGUAAAAACAACUUCUACCAUGUAGUGAUGUAAUCUCGCUACAACUGAGCACGUGAAGUGCUUCAUUGGCGGAUAAUACUAUGUCUGUUCUAUCUUUUGGUUUGUUACAAAAGCUGUUUUCACAUCA